AUUACAGUCAUUUUUUGACACUUCUAACCUGUGGUUCUAACCUCACAAUCGGACCACUUUUUCCGAUUGGAUUUUCCUUAAUUUUUCACUUAAAAUCAGUGCAAUGGAGUUGGAAACAAACGAAGAAGAGCUCCUCAAAAGACACAAACAAGAACGUAAAGACCUUCAGGCGAAAAUCCAGUCGUUGAAAAAAAGUGUUACAAAAGGCGAUAAAAAGAAGAAAAAAGAAGUUACUGAAGAAAUCGCUCGCCUUGAGCAGGAACUCGAAAUUAGACACUCCUCUGAACUCGAAUCGCUCAAACCGGCCGCCGAGGAACCCACCCCUGAUGAUUCCGAGACUCCUGAUGAACCCGAAGACAAUCCUGACAAUCAAUCUGUUCGAGUGUCUCGAGCGGGUCGUAGGCGCAAUAAAAAGGCUCAAGAGGAACGCGAACGCGAAAAACGCAUUCAGGAGCAAGCCGAGAAGAACAAAGAGGGGCCCAGAAUGACGGAGAUGAAUGCUAUUAAAGAGGUUUUGGCGAAAAUGGGGCUUCAGUUGUUUAAUAUUCCUGCGGAUGGGAAUUGUUUAUAUUGUGCGGUGAAUCAUCAGUUGGUCUUGACCGGAAGGGAAGCUUACACUGUUCCAAAAUUAAGAAAAUUAACAGCGGAAUUUAUGAAGGAGAAUAAAGAAGAGUUUCUGCCUUUUAUGUAUAAUGAGUCGGAUGAAACGAUUAGUGAGGAAUAUUUUGAAUCGUAUUGCAAGGAAGUGGCCACGACGAAACUGUGGGGAGGCCAACUGGAACUCAGGGCGUUAUCUAAUGUCUUAAAAUGCCCUAUCAAGGUUAUACAAUCAAAUGGGCCCCCUACGUUACAAGGGGAGAAUUUUGAAGGGCCGGAAUUAAUUUUAGCGUAUCAUAGACAUUUAUAUCGGUUAGGAGAACAUUACAAUUCUACUGUGGUGCUGAAAGAUGAAGAUGAAGAAAAAUAAAACACUGCCAAAAGUGAAGAAGUAAGAAGAUUUCUGAUUACGCGCCGAAACAUGUAUGAAUUGGCGCGUAAAAAAAGUUAACUGCAGAGUGGAAUAAAACUUUUGUAAUGAUGAAAGAUUAUAUUGGUUUUCACGCUUC